AUGGGUCCGAACCUCGUAACUAUACUCCUUACAUCAGUCACAAUCUAUGUGCUGAGCAGACUGAUUACCGUCUUUUUCUCUCCCCUUAACAAGUUUCCCGGUCCAUGGUACGCGAAAUUCACUGGCCUUCCUGGUACAAUCGCCACGCUUUCGUAUCGCCAGGCCCAAUACUACCACCGACUUCAUGAAAAGUAUGGCCCUUUCGUUAGGGUAUCUCCUAACCAAAUAUUUGUCUCCGACCUCGAGGCAUUCAAGAAGAUUCACAAGGUUGGGAGCAACUUUAUGAAGGCGGAUUCCCACCAUUUCUUCGGUCCAACGGAGCCCGGGCAGCCUCCGUAUGGACUAUUCGCAAUGACGGACAAAGCAGAUCAUUCACGAAGAAGAAAGUUAUUAGCAAGGGGAUUCACCACCACAUCACUGCGUAACGGCUGGGAAGUUAUUGUCCGGGAAAAGAUGAUGGACGCAAUUGAAGGCAUGAGACGAGACGCAGCGAUUCAAGGCGGAGAGGUUGACGUUAGAAAAUGGUGGGUUCUCAUGGCCUCUGACACCAUUUCGCGACUGAUGUUCGGGGUGUCUUUCGAUGGACUCAAGACCGGAAAGUUGAAGCUUAGUACCGCAGCUGACAACCUGCAGGAGGAUCCUUGGUUCAACGAGCUGAAGAUUGCCAACAUUGGGGUCUUCUUGGCGAUGUCUUUCCCCGUAUUUUAUGCUACUGCCAAAAGGCUACCAGUCAUAGGAGGUUUUCGGAUCUUCAAGGCACACAAGGCGAUUCUCAGGAAGGGACAAGUUGCCGUUGAGAACAGUAAGAAGAGCUCUGGUAAUGGAAGCACCAGCCUCUUUUCCAAAGUGCUGGAACAGGCCGGAGAGGAGGAAAAGUGUCUCAGCGACCUCGAUAUCUCUGUGGAAGCUGCAUCUUUUAUGGUUGCCGGUACAGACACCACCUCAAACACUCUAACAUAUGUCAUCUGGGCAGUUUUGUCUAGAUCCGAUCUACAAGAAAGCCUCGAAAAGGAACUCGCCGACAUAGAGGAGCCACUGACGGACGCGUCACUAGAGGCCGUUCCGAUUCUCAAUGCUAUCAUCGAGGAGACUCUCCGACUACAUGGGGCUGCACCAACGCCACUGCCCCGAACUGUUCCCGAGGAGGGAGUAGAGCUUGGAGGUCAUUUUGUGCCUGCCGGUGCCUUGGUUGCGACACAGGCUUGGACUUUGCAUCGAGACCCUAGAAUCUUUGUUAACCCGGAAACGUAUAUAUACUCCGCUGUUAAACAAACCUCAUGA